CCGUGCUGUUGCUACUAGUCUUAAAGGAGACGCUUCCCAAACACUGCUGGCAUCGGCCAAAGAAAUUUGAGGUUUGCUAUAGCUUUAAGAAGAAUAUAAUGCUGAAUGUCUGUAAAAAAUGUUAUUAUUCAUACAACGCAACUUUUUAUCUUAAUAAGUUAGUUAAUGAAAUGCUUUCGUAGUGACUGAAAAUUCACUCUUGACCAAGCUAACAAAACUGGUCUCACUGGGGCCUUCAGCGGUCUUCAUACAUUUUCAAAUGUUCAUUACCAAUUAAUACCCACAGUUAGUAAGGGUCAGAACAGUUUGAUAGGAGCGACAUGGACUCGGGUGACGAUGGGGUUUCGGGUAGUGAUCCUGGGACAGGGGGAACCGGAGACCGAACGGAGGCCGUACAACCAUCCCCGGACUCGCCUGAACCAUCCAGCGGCAGAAGGGAGAGCAAGAGACGGAUAAAAGCCUCAGUGACCUCCCCGGACUCCGGUGACUCUCGAUCAGACACCGGGGGUCCUGUGCGUGUUUUGCGAGCCAGGGGGCCUGUAGCUGGCAGGACUGAUGAGUCCAAGAGUGCAACUUGCCAGAAAAAAACUGAAAGUCUGCAUCGUGGACGAGGGAGACCUGCAGGAUCUCGCUCCAAAAGCGCACCUGUCGUGUAUACCACCGAGAAGAAAUCCACAUCCAAAAAAGCUUCCAAAUGCACUUUGGGACCAAAGCUGUCCAAGUCUAGAAAGGGUAAUCAGAGACCUCUGACCAGAGCCCCACGCACCACAGCAGCAGCAGCAGCAACAACAACAACAACAGCAUGCAAGCCUGAAGCAGAGAUAGAGCCUUCAUCAUGUGGAGAGGAGGCCAGCACUUUGAAUGGUAGUGACAGCGUUGCAGAUCCAGAUGCGGCUCUCCAUGAGGACUCCCCGUUGAGAGUUGAUGACAUAACAGAUGAUGUCAUCUGCCAGCCUGAGACGACAACGGAAAAAUCAAGGCGACAAGCAUUGUUACAACAAGAGGAGGUUAAGAAAGAGGAGUCAGAUAAAGAUGAAGAAGAAAAUGACAUUAAGACGGAGGAAUCACCUGAGGUCACUCUGCAAAGUGAAGAUGAAGUGGAAGAUAACACAGAGCCACCAAGGAAGCGAGGUAGACAGCAAAAAGAUGACAAAACACCUCGACCGCCUAAACGAAGGAAGAAGCCACCAGUGCAGUAUGUCCGCUGUGAAAUCGAGGGCUGUGGUACCGUUUUAGCUCACCCACGCUACCUACAGCACCAUAUAAAAUACCAACACUUGCUGAAAAAGAAGUAUGUGUGUGAUCACCCCUCGUGUGGGCGAUUGUUUCGUCUGCAGAAGCAGCUUUUGCGCCACGCUAAGCACCACACAGAUCAAAGGGACUACAUCUGUGAGUUUUGUGCCCGUGCUUUCAAGAGCUCCCACAACCUGGCGGUGCACAGGAUGAUCCACACAGGAGAGAAGCCAAUACAGUGUGAAAUCUGUGGCUUCACUUGCCGUCAGAAGGCCUCCUUGAACUGGCACAUGAAGAAGCAUGAUGCAGAAGCCUCCUACCAGUUCUCUUGCUCCAUUUGCAACAGAAAGUUUGAGAAAAAGGACUCUGUUGUUGCCCACAAAGCUAAAAGCCACCCUGAGGUGUUAAUAGCUGAAGCCAUGGCAGCUAAUGGGGGCUCAGUAAUAAACUGUCCCACCUCAAUCCCAGAGACAGUCUCAGAGAUUGUGCCAGAGACUCUUCCAGAGACCAUCUCCGAGACUGUCCCGAUGCUCACCUCAGUUGACCAGCCCUCUAUAAGCCAGGAUACUCAGAAAGCGAUGAGUAGCACGCUCACUCCAUUGCAGCAGGUGGUGCUCCCGCUCGCUCCACAGACUCAGAUUAAUGUAUCUCAGGGCCAGUUCCUCCAACUGCCCACACAUCACGUGGUGCGGGUGGGGCACGAGCAGCAAACCCCCACCUUGCUCCAUCUCACCACCUCUCCUCCCGCUCAACUCUCCAACACCAGCCACCAGCAGCUCAUCCAGCUCUCCACCUUUCCUGCCAACACUGUCACACCCAUGGCCUCAGCGUAUCCCCAGAGCACCCUCCUCACCCUGAGCUCCGUCACCACCCUGGCCUCCACAGCCACUAUGGGUCCCCAGCAGGCCGUGCAGUGGGGGAGGGAAACUGAUGAAGAUGUACAGUUGCCCGGAGAGGGCGAGCUGUGGGACAGGGUGGUGGUCGGUGACAGUCAUCAGGAUGUAGGGGAAAUGAUGUGGGAGGGUAACUCGGACAGGAGGAAGGAAGAUGAGGGAAUUGUUUGGGAGAGAGAGAGUGAAAGACAGAUUCUGUUACAGUGCACCGAGGUCCAAGGUGAUAGUUUAAUGUAGACACACACUCACAAAAUGAGUAGAAGUUGAACUUUGUACAGUAAACUGAAGGAGACACAAAUAAUAAGGCAGUUAUGAUUUAAGGAAGGGACGAAAGACUGAGGGACCUGUCAUAAGUUAAUAAGCUGACAAAUAUUUGAAAUAAUAGAAUUUGUUUUAAUGUAGUGGUCACUUAUCUAGCUAAAGUACGCAGAGCUACUUUUUAUCAGGGAGUAUGAUUUAUAAUGUAGAUAACACACAUCUAUUACCACUUGAUCAAUAUUUUAUAACUUUUUGGCUUUGUCACCAUGUAUUUGUAUAUGUGUUUCCAUUACAGAUAAGACAUU